CAUUAUUUUUGUCCUGCUGUCGCCGCCAUUGCUGCCAUAUUACGAACAUCUUUUAGCAGCUGUGUGCAGUUAAUUUGAUACAUUUAACUGCAUUUUUGUUUGUAACGUGAAGCCUGUACCGCUGGAAAAGCGUCCAGACUACAUGGACUCAACAGUUGGCGAGUUUACUACAGCAUAGAAAUUACACAACGUAAUUAGUUCUCCAUUAGAGGUUAUUUGUGGACGCUUUGAAGAUGACGCUACACGGUAAACGCAAAGAAAUCUACAAGUACGAGGCACCAUGGACAGUCUACGCCAUGAACUGGAGUGUCCGACCGGACAAACGGUUCCGCCUGGCGCUCGGUAGCUUUGUGGAGGAGUACAAUAACAAGGUUCAGAUAGUUGGUCUUGAGGAGGAAAACUCAGAGUUUGUGUGUCGAAACACUUUCGACCAUCCGUACCCCACCACCAAGGUCAUGUGGAUUCCCGACAGCAAAGGAGCGUACCCUGACCUGCUGGCCACCAGCGGAGACUACCUGCGAAUCUGGAGGGUGGGCGAUACAGAGACCCGACUGGAGUGCCUGCUCAACAAUAACAAGAACUCUGACUUCUGUGCACCACUCACGUCCUUCGACUGGAACGAGGUGGACCCAAACUUGUUAGGUACUUCUAGUAUCGACACUACCUGUACAAUCUGGGGGCUGGAGACUGGACAGGUGCUGGGCAGGGUCAACUUGGUGUCGGGUCAUGUGAAGACGCAGCUCAUUGCUCAUGACAAAGAGGUGUACGACAUCUCUUUCAGCCGAGCGGGUGGUGGCAGGGAUAUGUUUGCUUCAGUGGGAGCGGACGGCUCAGUCCGCAUGUUUGACCUCCGUCACCUUGAACACAGCACUAUCAUCUAUGAAGACCCCCAGCACCACCCACUGCUCCGGCUCUGCUGGAACAAGCAAGACCCCAACUACCUGGUCACCAUGGCGAUGGACAGCAUGGAGGUGGUGAUUUUAGAUGUGCGUGUGCCCUGUACUCCGGUGGCCAGACUGAACAACCACAGGGCCUGUGUCAAUGGAAUCGCCUGGGCACCUCACUCUUCCUGUCACAUCUGUACAGCAGCGGAGGACCACCAGGCUCUAAUCUGGGACAUCCAGCAGAUGCCGCGGGCCAUUGAGGACCCUAUACUGGCCUACACAGCCGAGGGAGAGAUCAAUAACGUCCAGUGGGCCACCACCCAGCCCGACUGGAUCGCUAUCUGCUACAACAACUGCCUGGAAAUCCUCCGAGUCUGAGCUGCAGUCAUGGAGAAAUGAAGCAAAUCAAAAACAUUCUCAGUUGGAUUUACAAGCUGUUUAAGAAGGACGGAGCAAUAUUCAGUUCAUGCUCGUUUGGGUUCAUGUUGAUACAGAUUAUGUGUGUAAAGCUUUUUUCAACUGAGUGAGAACUAGAGUCCGUCAGUGCUUGACCUUUUUGAUACAAUAUCAAGACGUCCUGUAUCAGAAAACUCAGGAGCGCCAAAACAAAAAGGGUAACAAGUCUCAAGAAACCGUCGUCAUGUGCAGACAUGAACCAAGGGUCAAUAGCCUUCAAGCUUUCAGCAUGUUUUCUCACAGACAAAAAGUCUAGUCAGUUUCAUGUUUUUAUACGCUACAUGGUGCAUUGUUUGUGUAGUUUUACCCAUUACAUCCUCAACCAUUCAUUUUUACGAUGCAGCAAAAAUGUAGUUUAGCCACAUUUAAAAGUGGAUUGAAUGUGGUUAAUGUGGUUUUAAGUGUUCAUAUAUUCAAGUUUUUUUUAACCUAUAAAUAUUUGUAUUUUAUUCAACUGAAUAUCAUUUGUGAUAUGAAAAACAUCUGUUGUGAUACAUUACUUAUAUGUGCAUCAAUUUACUAGUAUUAAUCAUUGACCAUAUUUGUUUUUGUAAUUUGUGCACCAAUUAUUUUAUUCAUAUCACCAUUUUAUUUUAUUUUAUUUUAUUUUAUACAUGAAUAAACCGUCCCUCAGUUUAAACCAUUAUACAGAAGUUUUAUAUUUAGACAAUUAUUUCACAGUGAGGUGACUCAUCAACAUAUUGGUAAGAAUCUAGAGUACAGAUUUACGGUUAGAAAUGAUCGGUUGAAACGGUGUUACUGUAUAAUACUGAGAGAACACUGCCUGAAGUACAUCAUCCAAGAUCUCUACAAUAUAGAGAAACUUACAUUUUUGUCAAACAACCUAGAAAACUGACAUUGUAUAACGAAUGCUGUGAGUCCUGUUGUGAUAUUAAGUUCUGUUGUGAUAUUGGGGAUGGGAUGUGAAGACGUGGGAGUGAACAUGAGUUAUUUCUUACUUGUUGUAGGUGUUUCAGUAUGGGGUCAUGAUGUGUGAUUAUUUGCUAAACAUAAAGUCAGAAAACCACUUGA